AUGGGGAUCCUUGCUUUGCGAGCCAUAUUUACCGACUUGUUCUUGACUAGGUCGUUGGCUCAUCCACGUCUCUUAAUUGGGGUCAAACAAGACGGAGAGUGGUUUUUGUUUUCGGCGCCUCAGCCUCAGAAUCCGUCCUCUCUUGUUGUCACAGCUGAUUUUCAUAUGAAGAUGUCUUUUGACUUAAUUUACUACGAGAGUUGUAGAUAUGCCUCUGGUUUGCUCUAUUUCCCUAGCAUACGUAUCUCAAAGGAGUAUAAUCAUGAUACAUAUGAUAUGAAUGAAAUGCAUGCGAUAUGUAACCCUAGCACGGGACAGUCUGAGAAGGUUGAGUUUUUAAAUCCAGGCACCUGCGAUAUGAAUGCGACUACUACAUUGAUAAACUAUAAGGGUAAGCUAGGUUUGAUUAAUAUGAAGUAUGAUCAUAGUCAUGAUCAUGGAUUUCCCCUUGAGUUAGAUAUGUGGGUUCUAGAGGAUAUCGAGAAACGGGAAUUCUCUGCAUAUGUCUACACUUUAAGGACUGAUGAUGAGGAUAAAGUCGUUAAGGAUGACCAGUAUAUUUCCGUCGUUGGGGCGAAUGCUUCAGGUGAAAUUGUUUUGGUGAAGGAUAAUGCAUCUGCACCGUUUUAUGUUUUCUAUUUUAAUCCGGAAAGGAACAUCCUCCGAAGUGUUGAAAUCCAAGGUAUUACUAGACAAGACGGUGUAGAAUGGUCUGACGAUUAUCAUGAAGUUUACGUCUUUGUAGACCAUGUAGAGGAUCUUAACUUUGAUAUUACGAAGAAGACACCAUAUGCUGCAACAUGA